GUCUCAAUCCAGUAACUCCUCAGCACUUGCUGGCUUUUGUAGCAAUUUGACUGCUGGAUUUAUUGAAACAGAUUAAAGAAUUUAUUUACAGAAUAUUUUGGAUGGUUUCACAUGGUUCCUGUAAGAAAUGAAGCACAGUUACAUAUGGAUGAUUUAUCUUGGAAUACAAAUACUAUUCCCUUUGGUUUUAUCAAUGGCAGUAACCAACAGAACAGUGUGCCCAAUUUUAAGAACCAAUGGAAUCUAUAAAGAAAGUCCUGGGGCAUCAGGAUAUGACCUUGCCGAACAUUUUUCUCUAAGACAGGUACCCUGUGGUGAAAAGAAAUGUUUUAAGCUGGGAAUCAUACCUCUUAUUAAAGAUACACAACAACUAUUUUUUGGCGUGUUUCCUGAAGAAUAUUCACUUAUAGCCACAUUCCGUGUUAGACGUAGCACAAAAAGGGAACGCUGGUACUUGUGGCAAGCAUUGACUCAAUUUGGGGCACCUCAGGAUUCAGUUUUAAUUGAUGGUGCAAAGAAAGUAAUUGAAUUUACAUCUAAAACGGAAGGAGGACACACCUUGCAAUACACUUUUAAAAGUCGGGAGCUUCAUCAUCUCUUUGAUCGUCAGUGGCAUAAACUUGGAAUCAGUGUACAAUCUAAGAUCAUUUCACUUUAUCUAGACUGCAAGUUAAUUGAAAGAAAACAGAUUAGUAUAAAGGGGAACAUUGACUUGCAGGGAAGCACAGUCAUUACCACACAGGCUGCUGAUGGAAAACCAGUUGAUAUUGAACUCCAGCGAAUAACAAUAUACUGUAGUCCAAAACAAGCAGCUCUGGAGACCUGCUGUGAGGUAUCUGAUGGAAUGUGCAUGACCCAGGAUGGUAUCCAAGUAACAGAUUUACCAUCAAUAGGAUCAAAGACAUCAGUAAAAUUGUUUGAAGAAAAAUGUUACUGCUUCCCAAAUAAGGGUGAACCAGGUUUGCCGGGAUCCGUUGGUUUGCCAGGACCAAAAGGCGAUAAUGGACUUCAUGGUGAAAAAGGAAGCAAAGGUGAAACCAGCGAUAAAGGAGAGAAAGGAUUAAAGGGAGAAGAUGGCUUUGUUGGAUCUGAUGGACUUCCUGGGCUAAUGGGACCCAAGGGAGAAACUGGUAAUGAUGGAAGCAAAGGAGAAAAGGGAGAAAUGGGGGAAAAGGGUGAAAAAGGAGAAAUUGGAGAGAAUGGCCUUAAUGGAAGAGAUGGUUUGGAUGGUGUACCAGGACUUCAAGGUCCAAUUGGCCCCAAGGGAGAAAAGGGUGACGUGGGACCUCCAGGGCCAGCUGCAAUACCUGUCACUGCUGUUGGUAUUAAAGGUGAAGUGGGACCUGCUGGCCCACCUGGUCCUCCAGGAUUGCCGGGAAAGGAAGGACCAAGAGGAAGGCGAGGAAAACCAGGGCUUCCAGGACCACCGGGAAUCCAUUCAGAAUUGGGUCAACCUGGAAUUCCUGAUUUCAUUGGACUAAAGGGGCAAAAAGGAGAAGCGGGCCACGAAGGACAGAAUGGAAUCAACGGGGAAAAAGGUGAAAAGGGGGAUGUUGGUCCAAGAGGAUUGCCUGGCCUGCCAGGACUGAUUGGUUCUUCCCCAAAAGGAGAAAAGGGUGAGCAUGGAGAAAAGGGAGAUCAAGGAGAUAAGGGUGAACACGGUGUUCCAGGUUUACCAGGAUUUGCAGGACCUCCUGGGUCACAGGGGGCAAAAGGGGAGCCUGGACCAACUGGACCACAUGGAUCACCAGGAAAAGAAGGUUUGCCUGGUGAAAAUGGUAUUCCUGGAAAACAGGGUAUUAAAGGUGAAAAGGGUGAAGCUGGGGGCAUUGAAGGGCCACCAGGGCCCCCAGGUCCAAAAGGAAAUGUAGGACCACCAGGACUGGGUUUACCUGGCACAGAAGGUCCAAGUGGCAUUUCUGGCUCACCAGGUCCUAGAGGUCCUAAGGGAGAAAGAGGAUUACCUGGUGUACAAGGACCACCUGGCGAGAUUGGGUCCCCAGGGAUUGGCACAGAUGGUCCUCAAGGAUCAAGAGGUCCUCCAGGAGAGCCAGGUUUCCAGGGUCCGCGGGGUCUACCAGGAGCACCAGGUCUUCCAGGAGCAGAAGGUAUUCCAGGAAGAGAUGGAAGACCAGGGCUACCAGGUCCACCAGGUGACCCAGUUGCUCUACCACUCCUAGGAGAUAUUGGAGCCAUACUAAAGAAUGUCUGCAGCCAAUGUCAUGCAGGGGGUCCAGGUGUGACAUUAAAUAAAGGAGAGAAGGGUGAAGUUGGAAUUCCUGGUAAAGAUGGUAUAAAGGGUGAUCCUGGACCAAGAGGCCCAUCAGGAAUACCUGGCAAAGAAGGACCAAAGGGGAUCAAAGGUGAGCGUGGAUUCCCUGGUCUCACUGGAGAGAAAGGUGAUCAGGGCGAUCAAGGUAUACCUGGGCUGCCUGGUGUCACAGGGCCUCCUGGUUCUACAGGGCAGUUUGGAAGACCAGGACAUCCAGGGUCACCGGGGCUCAGAGGAGAAAAGGGCAAUGAGGGUCCUCAAGGCAGACCAGGGCCCCCUGGACCUCCAGGUCCUGUGGGUGUGCCUCUUACAGAGAGGAAUGGAAUGGGCAGCUUAUAUAAAUUACAGACUUCUGCUGCCGUUGGCUAUCCUGGGCCACCAGGUCCUCCUGGUCCAAAAGGAGAACAAGGACCUAUGGGAGAUGCUGGUCUUAUGGGACUUCCAGGUCUUGAAGGACUCCCAGGAGAAAAGGGAGAUCGAGGACAAAUUGGUCCACCAGGAAUUGCAGGAAUACCAGGGAGAAAUGGAGCUCCGGGCCCCCCGGGAAUGCCAGGUGAACCAGGUGAAAGGGGCCCGGUUGGUGAUAUAGGAUUUCCUGGACCUGAAGGACCUUCUGGACCACCAGGAAGAAACGGAAAUGAUGGAUUACCCGGUUCACCGGGAGCUCCUGGUCGCCCAGGUGACAGAGGACCAAAAGGCGAACGUGGAGAUCCAGGGAUACCUGGUGAUCAAGGUCCACAAGGUGAAAGAGGAAAACCUGGUCCAACAGGAGAAAAAGGAGAUAUAGGACCCAUUGGACCUCAUGGCCCUGAAGGAGGUAGAGGAAUUCCAGGACCACCAGGAAAUAAUGGCUUCCCAGGACCACCUGGACCUCCUGGAAUUUCGACAGAGAAUAUUUUAUUUGAAGAAAUGAAAAAGUAUAUUAGACAAGAAGUCCUGAGGAUUUUUGAAGAUAGAAUGGCUGAACUGCUAUCCCAGCUGAAGACCCCAGCUGCACUAUUAGCAGCUCAAGGUCACGGUAAACCAGGUCCACCAGGAAAUGAUGGAUUACCAGGGCCACCAGGAGAUCCUGGCCCACCAGGCCCUCAAGGUUUAAGAGGACAGAAAGGUGAAAGAGGAGAACUUGGAAUUGGUCUUUCAGGGAGUCCUGGCCCUGCAGGACCUACAGGUGCACCUGGGUUAUCAGGCUCCCCUGGACCUGCUGGACCUUCUGGUUCCCCUGGCACUAGCGGAAGAUGUAACCCAGUAGACUGCUACUAUCCAAUUUCACAUGGGAGGCCGAGAUUGAAUGGAAAAUGAAACUCUUAUCUAGAAAUUAAGGAUGAAGAUAACACUUCUGCCUCUUACAAUCAGCACUUGGCAUACAUUGAGACAACAUUUCAGGAUGCUGUCAAUAGAGCAUUUCAUGUCCAGUAUUCCUUGGAGUUCGACUGUGUAUUUUUGGGUUUAUCAAAACACCUGUCUGAAAUACAUUGUUUAAUGUUCAUACAAUUUGUUCUAAUUUUGACACAACCUUGAUAUUAUGCACUUUUGCGAUGAUAUAGAGAAACAGAUGGCUUGGAUUCUUUAUAUUAUUUGUGAGUGGGGUUAAAGAAAACGUAUGCUAAUUUGAAAAAAUAUAUAUAUUUAUGCUGGAAGUUAAGAUUUUUACUUACCAUUUUUACUAUUUUCCUUAUUAUUAUUAUUUGUAUUAUUACAGCAGAGUGUCACAUCACUUUAUACUGCAGUAUUGAGAUAUAAAAUCAAGCAAAAUGUUGAUGUUAUAACGUCUAUGACAAUGAAAUCCUAAAGAAUGUUAUAGCUACAGAAUAUACUGAUUACCACAUUAAUGAAUGUAAAUACCCUUAACAAAAAAGCAUACGUAACAUUAUUUUAUUUCAACUGCACAUUAUCCACACUUCCACUCAAACUAAUUUUAGUAAACUAUGGAAACCAUAUCAUUGUGUAGAACAUUUGCAUGUCCAGACAAUUUAGGAAACUCAUUUCCCCACAGACAUUUUCAGCUAAAGCAGGGAAUUCUGGGUCAAGGCAUGAGAUUCAAAUGCAUAGCAGGAAAAGAAGUCCAGCAAAAGGAUAUUGUACUUUCUGCCACUGGAAUGCUUUUAAAGAACCUUAAACAUCCCUUAUUUUUGUAUCAAAUAUGGUGCCUUGUCCCACACUCUAGCAAAAAUUUGUAACCUGAAUAUUUAGAAUGCUAUAAAUUGCCUAAACAAUAUAUUUGAUUUGCAGGUUACAAACUUACCUAGAAAGUGAGGGGCAAGCGCAACUUUACAGAAAAAGCAAUAUGUGCUUAAUGUCCUUUUAAAGAUGUAUGGAGCAGCAGUGAUUUAUCAUGAUAGAUUCAGUGUCCAAAAUGGCUUUUACAAGCUAAGUGUGAUAUAUUUCAAAACUCAUCUGCAUGUCUUUACCCAGAAUUCUGUAUUGCAGUGUUAGUUCUUUCUUCUGGUUAAUAAUGGGGCGUACAUGUCCUAACUCGUCUGUUGUGUAAAUGUGUUACAAAUAAAUUAUUAUUUUGCUCAAUCUGGUUUUCUAUGAAGAAGUUCUCUCAAGUUUUUACUCACAAUAACUUAUAUUGUGACUAAACUUUGGAGUAAAUAUGAAUCCAAAUUUAUAUGUUUUCAUAAAAUAUAUCUCCUUGUCAAACAGGGUUUCUGCUUUUGUAAACUAUUAUCUUUAAAGUGAUAUUAGUGGACUUUUCUGUUUGGUUGAAUUUCUACAUCUUGAAUAAGUCAUAAGGAAUUAAUCUGGUAUUAGGUGGUUAUUCAGCUGCUGUGCUGAAAUCUAGAAUUUGUAUAAAUUAAGGCAAUUUUUUUUCUACUUUAUAAAACAGUUGAAAAUGUUUUCAUUAUAAUCAACUUGAAGGUCACUUUUCAUGUAAUAUUUAGAAAGAAAUGGCAAUUAGUUUGCUAAAAAUGAAGCGGACUGGUCACAUGAUUUAUUAAACAUUGGUUUGAGUGAACGUAUUUUUAAGUGUUGCUUAUAUCAAAGAAAUAGAUUUCUUUUCCUAUUAUUGUUUUCAAAUGACUACUUUUAUUGCUGCCACUUUUCAAAAUGUGUCAAGCAGAGACUGGUUACCUUAAGUAUUUGCUGUCAUUUUGAGAUGUGAUAUCUGUGUUGCACAUAACCUUUAAAACUGCAAAAGUCUUACGUUUUUUACCCAUGCAUGGCGUCCAUUAAAUCUAAAGACAUUCUUUUUCAGGAUAGAGCAAUCAUUUAUAACGUGUGUGAUAUGUAGCUCAGAAAGCUCACAUCGAUCUUGUACUAUUCGUGUGUUCCUCUCGAAAGGACAUUUCCACUAGGAAAAUUUUGCUGUUCACUUCAUUAGUUUGACUUCUGUUCCUGUUAUAAAUAUGAGGAAUUAAGAGGUUUAAGGUGAUCAUUAUGAACGACGGCCAUGAAAAAAUGAUGGAUUGGCCAUUUGGAUCCUAGUUAUACUGGUCACUAGCCUUUUAGCUCAUAUAAAUUGCAAAUUCAAAAUAGAAACAUUUUAAGCUAUGUUAUGUACAUAUUAGCAACACAACAGGGCCUAGAUCUUGCACACUAGUUAAUAUUUUAUACAGAGUAAAAUAAAAUGUGAGAGAAAGCCAACUGUUAAUAUGGCCCAGAUUUUUCUUUAGUAUUCCUUGCAUUCUAGUAUAUAACUAAAUGAUCUAAAAAUCUAAAAGUAACCUCCUUUCCUCUAAUUUAUUUAUUUAGUGAGUAUAUUAAAGGUCACACAGUUGGCUAAAUCCUGGAAAUGUUUUUUGCCGUACACUCUGGUGCUAUUUGAACGAAAAUAUAGCAAGAAUGUAACCAGUGCAUUGUUUUUACUGGUUAUAUGUAAUAAAUUUGCCAUAAAAUUUCAUUGGACGCAAUGCAUGGGUUAGGUUUCAAGAUCACAAUGUCUUAUUAUAGCUUUUUUGUUUACUACAGAUUAUUACUUUAUGUAAUAACAGAAAGGUGCUGUUUUUAUAUGCACGCUGCAUGAAUUCAGCAAGUGUAUAUAUAUAAAAGAUAAAAUUCUUUAUUGUGUAUAUUUUGGGAUUUUCAGCUUUAUAAUUUAAAUAUUUUAAAAUGUAAAAGCUUGGAAUAUUUUCUUUCUGUUUGUUGUUCUACUGGCAAUAGAGGAAGGGAUAUUGUGUUUUUCGAAGGUAAAAUUAUACAUGCUUAUUUGUGCAUCAAUACUGAUAUUAUUUUAGUAACAGACAGUAAAAUUAAUAUUUUUGAAACCUAUGCACAUAUUUUAUAAAUAUCUAAACAUAAUGCACAUGGUUUCAUUUAAAAUAAAUUUUAGCUUGCCCAGUUUUUCCAUGUUUUUUGAAUGAUUAUCUCUGGAAUAGUAUGUAGCAGUAGAUCUAAACAAAAAAGUAUUUAAAAAAUACAACAGAAAUUGGAUGAA